AUGAACUUAAUUAUGACCAGAAAAAUCCGCAUCGGAAUUCUUGUUCCAUCCUCCAACACUGCACUAGAGCCAUUGGUCUAUGCCAUAUUAUCUUCCAUUCAGUCAGAAGAUAUCUCCAUAUCAGUGCAUUUUUCGCGCUUUCACGUUACUAAGAUCGACAGUUCAGAAUCUGCUGAUGCACAAUUCGAGCUUGAGACGAUAUUGGCAGCCGCUCGACUCCUCGCAGAUGCACACGUCGAUGUCAUUGGCUGGGGCGGUACAUCAGCAGGUUGGCUUGGCUUCAAUAUUGAUGAGAGAUUAUGUGCCGCCAUAAAAGCCGAGACCAAAAUUCCAGCAACCACUUCAACGCUGCCCUCAACCAGGCACUUUCAUUACUCGCAGUGA